UUCGUUAAAUCCGGGGCCGCGUAACGUUCGUUAAAUCGCAGCUCGCUCCGUUACACGUUUAGCGGCGAAAAACACGCACGUUGUGUAGUUAGUUGUUAGUUAACAGUUCUGUCCCACGUUUGACAUUACGUUUGUGAUCAGAUUGCGUUCAUUUACAACCGGGGCAUCGUGGCGGCGUCGCACGUGGGUCGCUCAGCGGUGAGUUUUAACGUGGACGUUUUCACGUUACGUUACGACGUCCGGUUGUUUAAAAGUAAAAAAUACGUCGGAUAGAAACAUUAUUCACCGCCGUUAAAGAGAUCUUUGGAAGUUGUUCUUCCGGAAGGUAACGUUUGUAAAAUGCCGCUGCACGGGAAGAUAGUCGUGAUCAAGAGGAGCGGAGGAGACGGGACCGAGUUUCCUCUCACGGCCUCGUGCUUAUUUGGAAGGAAGCCGGACUGCGACAUCCGUAUUCAGCUUCCUCAGGUCUCCAAGGAGCACUGCAGAAUCGACUUUAAUGAAAAUAAAGAGAUCAUUUUGACCAAUCUGAGCUCGGUGAAUCCGACCCGUGUCAACGGAGAGGCUUUGCAGCAAGCCGAGCGCUUGAAGCACGGAGAUGUGAUAACUGUCAUUGACCGUUCUUUCAGGUUUGAGUUCCCUCCAGCGCCCACGCCGAAGAAGAGGUCUUCCAUCGGAGGCAAGACUGAAACCCUCAAAGUUCAGAAUCAACAAGUGGGGGCGGCAGUGACCACUGAAACUGGAGAAAAAAGGACCUCUGACGUGUCCACGGACCCUCAUCUUAAAGAUGGAACUAACCACGAAAACAUCCAGCGACCGCUGGAGGCCCCCGCCGAGGCCGACGAGCUGCCGCAAAACAAGACGGCCUCCCCCUUCAGCGACCUGUAUCAGAUGAUCAAACAGUCCCUCGACGUCAAGACCCCUCGCAAGUCCUGCGCCACCGUUCCCCAAACGCCCACCUCCAGGCUCGGCACCCCGGGACCUGCUUCGGUCAGGAGGGAUGAUGGCAAACCCGUCCCCUCCACGCAGGACAAAUCCACCGCAGAGAAGGACGAGGCGGCCGUCUCUUCCGUCGCCGACGAAACCGUGGCGGAGGCUGAAAUCGCGAGCGACGGGACGCCAAAGUCCGCCAAGAAGCAAAGGAGGUCCUUCGCGGUUCCUUCCGCGGAGACGACCCCGGCCGGAAACGCUGCCGCGUGUGAGGCUGCUCCUCCGCCGAAGAGGAGCCGGACACCCCCCAAGAGGUUCACCGCGUGCGAGGUCGCAUCGCCCAAGUCCCCCGUGAGACGGAGAAGCAAGGAGGUCAAACCUGCGGAGGAGGAGGAGGCAGUUACUUCUCCUAAAGUGGAUCGUCUAGGAAAGGAAUCACCAGAAGGUGCCGGGACAGAGCAGAUUGUCAAAGUGAUGACCAGAAAGCGUAAAAGUGACGAGCUGGGAGGCGACCUGCCCGUGUCGCAGAUGAAGAGGAAGCGCGUCUCCUUUGGCGGCUCGCUGUGUCCCGAGUUGUUCGACAAACGCCUGCCGCCCAACUCCCCGCUGCAGAAAGGAGCCGCUCCGCGCCGAAGCCUGUCCGUGUCUCAGCAGAGGCAGUCCCUCCUCAGACGAGCGUCCGCCACCGGCCCGCCGCAGAGCAAGAAUGCGUCUCCGAAGUCUGGAAAGACGUCCCCUAAAUCCAAGAGCCCAUCUCCGGCCAGAGGAAGGUCUCCCACUGUACAGGGGCGCUUCUCUGUGUCGCUCAUCAGCACCCCGUCCCCGGCUGCUGAAGAUGCUGCUGGUGAACGGGGGCCUUGUGUCCACGGCGCUCCCAGGGUCACCCCGAGGAGGAGGAGCCUCUCGCGCAGCAGAAGUGGCAUCUCACGGGCCUCGAUGAAAAUCAAAAAUUCCUGGGCCGAGAUUGUGCGAUUUGGACAAACGAAGGUCAAACCGGCUGCUCCCGCGAAAAAAACGGUCGCCAAGAAGACGGCGAAGAAGGCGGUCGCCAAACCACAGGCGAAGGACGCCGCCAACGGGACGCCUGCGAGGAAACUGUGCGUGCACGUCAGCACCGGGCACGCCGAUUCCCCCGUUACCAUCGUGGUGGGACGGGCUCAUAGACAAAAAGUCCCACCGCCUGCUGCCGCUGCACCAAAACUGGUCCCCAAUAUCGCUUUACUGAAAAUGGACGAGGACCUGACGGGGAUUUCUGAAAUGUUGAAAACCCCUGCGAACGAGAGGAGGAAGACUUGUGCAAUCGGGGAGAGCGCCGGCCUGAAGACGCUGGCAGGAAGUCUGUGCACGUCUGUGGUGGAGCCGUCGGUGUUGAACACGCCGGAGGAGCCGGGGGAGAUGAUGGUGUCCCCGCUCACCCUUUCCUCCGCAGUAAAAGACCGGAGCUACAGCAGCGACGCGGUCCAGCGCCUCUUCGAUACCGACCAAGAACCCGGCCUGGUUGGAGACGCCGCGGAGGAAUCCAGCGAGCAGUUGAAGAAUACGACGACGGCGGCGACUCCCAAACAGAAGCCAGAACUACCGGAAUGUCUCACCGGAGUGAAGAGGAUGAUGAGGACGCCGAGACAGAGAGCGGAGCCCGUUGAGGACCUGCGGGGGAAGAUUUUGAAGACGCCCAAGCAGAAGGCCGAACAGCAGGAGCGUCUCAGCGGAGUGAAGAGGAUGAUGGAGACUCCCCGACAGGAAGCCGGACCCGCGGAGGACAGCAGAGGGGGACACCCCGGGGGCCUCGCCGAAGUCGAAGCGCCGGAGGCCGCCGACGUGCUCGCGAAGACGCCGGCGCACGUGCCGGAACCGGAAGACUCUCCUGAAAUACCAGACGAACCCGUGAAGAGCCCCCCGGCCGGCAAGAGGAUGGCAAAGACCCCCAAGGAGAAGAGCGCGCCGGUUGAAGACAUGGUCGGCCUGAAGAGGCUCAUGAAGACUCCCAGGGAAAAGGGCGACGCCGUGGAGGAGGACUUCGGUAUCGAGAGACUCGUGAAGACUCCCGGCGCUCCGCUGGAGGUCUCUGAGGGACCCGGAGAGCUGCGGACCGAACCAUCGGCCCACGCAGAGGCCAGCGAGGUUGUAGAGGAAGCGGCCCGGGAUUGCGAGGAGGAUGUUGCUAGAGAACUGGUCUUUGCCCUCGAGGGGCCACGAGACGACGUCCCGUCAGAUGUGGCAGAUGUUCCUCAAGCUGACAAAGAGGAUGAAGUCGUCGUUGAUGACCACUUGGAGAAGUGUGGAGCGGCUGUAGAGCAGAACUCCAGUGUGGAAGCAGUAGAUGAGAAGUUAUCUGAGGAACGUCCUGAAGAGGACGCGGCUGCUGUCGAAGUCCCAGAAGUGGAAACGACUGCCAGCGAACCCGACCACAAGGAAUCGCUUAAAACCGUCGCAUCUCCUGCAGCCGAGGCAGCAGAAGCCUGUGAUGAAGCGGUGGUCCUCGCUCCAGUCAGAGCCAGAAGAGGCAAGAAAUCCGACGCCGCCGCCCCCCCCGCUGUCCGACAGGCAACGAGAGGCCGAAAAGCGAAGCCUCAGGAGAGCGCCGCUGAUGAUCAACCUGAACAGGUGACGGAGACCUCGGCCCGAGCUGUGAGUCACCAGACGGCUCCAGUGGAAGAAGAGGAGUCCGCACCCCCCCAGGAGGAGGCUGUGGUGAAGACCCCCAGAGGGAGGAAGUCCAAACCAGCCGCCGUGAAGCAAAGUGACGCCGCGGAAGACGCGUCGCUCGCUGCAGCCGCUCCACCUCAGAAGUCCACGGAGAAACCCACGAGGGGCAGAAAGCCCAAAGCCGAUGCUGUUGGACAAAGCGAGGAGGCGGAGGAUGUCGCUAUGGAAACCAAGCAGCAGCCUCAGCCUCCAGCCAGGGCCAAGAGGGGAAGAACUGCUAAACAGGAAGAGGAGGAAAAACCAGAGUCUUCAUCAGUUGAGGCCACUAAACACCAGGAGCCGGCCAAAAAAUUAAAGAGGACCAGGAAGGCAGAACAGGAGCACGUAGAAGUCCAAGCCGUUGACAUGGAUGUCCCAGAGGAGGCUGAAGUGCAGGUGACCGAACAAGCCAAACCCAAGAGAGGAGGGCGUCGAGCGGCUGAGGUCAAAGAGGUCCCACUGAAGCGCGGGAAGAGAGGGAAACAAGCUCCUGAAGAGGGUGGAGCCACUUCUGUAGGAGCAGACCACCAAGAGAAGAAUCAACCUGAGCCAGAAGCUCCAGUGAUGAAACCAAGCCGGGCCAGGGGGGCGAAACCGGCGGCUCCAGAAGCCGUUCCGGCCAAGAGAGCGCGCCGGGGCGCCGCCCCUUUCGCGCAGGAGCCUCUCGCAGAAGCCGCGGUCCCGGUUCCAGAGCCUGCGGCGGCUUCGGUGGCGCCGGCCAAACGGGGCCGACGGGCCGCAGGGAAACCCGCGGCAGCCGCCAAAGAUCCCAGCGAGGCUGCUGCCGAAGACACGAAGACGUCCAAAAGAUCCGUCAAGUGGAAGGCGGAGCUGGAAGUUGUCGAAAUUCCGAAAGCAACGCCGGUCAAGGCGGCUCGAGGUAGAAAGUCCAAACUUGGAGGCCAAGUCGACGCCGAGAGCAAGAACCUUGCGAAGGACGCCGACCCGACUGAAGAGAAGGAUCUCUCAGGGAAAGCUGCUGAAGCUCAGCCCGCCAAGAAGAGCAGGAGGGCGCCCAUGGUCGCCGUGGUAACCGCUGACGAAGCAGAGUCCGCGGGCUCUGGGGAAAGCAAAACCCGAAGAGGAAGAGCAGCCAAGAAAUGAAGCGUUUGUAUUUAGAUGUUCUUCAUUGUAACAAUGUUUCCCCCAGUUUUCAACCUGUUUUUACUCCAUUUUAGAAAAAGUUUCAAAGACUGAAAAUGAAGCACUGCUUUUUCUUCUUCUUUAAUACAGCAGGGAAUCUUGUUUUUGUGUCAAGUUGUUUAUUGGGCGGUUUUAGAAAUGUUUUAAUGGUGGAAAAAACAAAUUAAAUCUUUUGUACAAUACGACAAUUUGACUAAUGUCUUUCUUUUCAACUAUUUUGGUGUUCUUGGCCGUGCAGCUUUCUUUGUGGUGAAAAUGACAAAUUUUAACUAGUAAUUGACGGGAUGGAUUUAAAGACGUUAAUGUGCUGACAUGUUACUGCUACAGACCCCGAGCUGCUGACUAGGACCUUGUUAGUUUCCUUUUGGAAGUCCGCUCUGGAAGAUGACACCGACGGGGGAGACGGCGUCACAUUUGCUUUUUGUGGUGUUUUGGGUCUGAAGUCUUACAGAAAGAGGACUAGUGGGGUUUCACUCACAGUACAAAACACAUGUUACAAGAUGGGUAGCUGACUGAGUGAGGCGUAUAGUGACUGGACUGCUUUAACAAAUGUAUUUAAUCAAGAUGCAAAUCUCCUUUUAUAAAUUAAAAGUUUUGAUUCUCA